GAUCGAUUUUUUCCUGAUUUCAAAAUGGAGGGAUUGGUUUUGUUGAGAGCUACACCCAAAAUUUCCUUUCAUUCUAUCAAUCACAAACCAAGUUUCUCUAUUCGAGGCUCUAUUCCAACAGCCCAAACAAGCACCACCAUGUGCAUCCAUUCUUUUCCCCUAAUUCAAGCUAAAUUGGAUGAAAAUGCAGAAAAUGCUCUCAAAGUGAAGGAAUGGGAAGUGGGGAUGUUUCAAAAUGAGAUGGCGGUUAGUCAAAGGAUAAAAAUUAGGAGAAGGUCACCUACUGAACCGCCAACACAUUAUGUGGGUCCAUUUGAGUUCCAAUUACAAAAUGGGGGAAAUACUCCUCGUAACAUUCUUGAGGAAAUUGUAUGGAACAAGGACGUGGAAGUUACAAAGAUGAAAGAAAGGAUGCCUCUGUCUGUGUUGAAGAAAGCCAUAGAGAAUGCACCUCCAACUAGAGAUUUCAUUGGAGCUCUCAAAGCAGCCCACUUUGGAACUAAAUUAACUGGUUUGAUUGCUGAAGUUAAGAAGGCUUCUCCAAGCAAAGGAGUCCUAAGAGAGAAUUUUGAUCCGAUUGCCAAAGCAUAUGAAAAAGGUGGUGCAGCAUGUCUCAGUGUUUUGACAGAUGAAAAGUAUUUUCAAGGAGGCUUUAAAAAUUUAGAGGCAAUAAGGAAAGCUGGAAUACAGUGUCCUUUACUAUGCAAAGAAUUCAUAAUAGAUGCAUGGCAAAUAUAUUAUGCACGAACUAAAGGUGCAGAUGCAGUACUUUUAAUUGCUGCUAUUCUACCUGAUUUGGAUAUCAAACACAUGACCAAAAUCUGUAAGAUGCUCAAUAUGGCUGCACUUGUGGAGGUUCAUGACGAGAGGGAAAUGGAUCGUGUUCUUGAAAUAGAAGGGAUUGAACUUAUUGAUAUCAAUAAUCGUAAUCUUGAAACAUUUAAGGUUGAUAUCAAUAACACAAAGAAGCUUCUUGAAGGUGAGCGUGGCCAAGUGAUUCAUCAAAAAGACAUAAUUGUUGUUGGAGAAUCUGCACUGUUCACUCCUGAUGAUAUUGCUUAUGUUCAAGAUGCCGGUAUCAAAGCGGUUUUGGUUGGAGAAUCCAUUGUUAAGCAAGAUGAACCUGGAAAAGCUAUUAGUGGACUUUUUGGUAAAGACAUUUCUUUGUGAGGUCUUCCAUACUACCCAACCUCCAUCCAUAUGGUUGUAAUAAAGUUAACUACAAAAU